AUGUCCGACCUCGCCGACGUUCUCAAAAUCUCCAUCCUCGGACAGGAGUCGAUCCAUGUCGGCUUCCACCUCCUCCCCUACAUCUUCCGCACCAUCCUCACCACCCUUCCUUCCUCCACCUAUGCCCUCAUUACUGACACCAACUUGGCGCGCAUCUACCUCCCAGACCUCCAGGAUGCAUACGCGACCGCCGUCAAAGAAACCGGCUCCAAGUCCCGCUUCCUGACCUACCAGGUCCAGCCCGGAGAGACUGCCAAGAGCCGCGAGGUCAAGGGCGAAAUCGAGGACUGGCUCCUCGACCAAAAGUGCACGCGCGACACGGUAAUCCUCGCUUUUGGCGGUGGUGUCAUCGGUGACCUCUCCGGCUUUGUUGCCGCCACCUUCAUGCGUGGUGUCAAAGUCGUUCAGAUCCCCACGACGCUGCUGGCCAUGGUCGACUCAGCAGUCGGCGGCAAGACGGCCAUCGACACGCCUCAUGGCAAGAACCUCGUCGGCGCGUUCUGGCAGCCAACCUACAUUUUUGUCGACCUGGCUUUCUUGGCAACGCUGAACCAGCGAGAGUUCUCCAACGGCAUGGCCGAGGUCGUCAAGACAGCCGCCAUCUGGAAGGCCGACGACUUUGCACUCCUCGAGUCGCGUGCCGAGGAGAUCUCCUCGGCUGUAUCCACCAAAGCGGACGGCUUCGCCGGCCGCUUCCAGAAGGACCGCUCGGUGCCGCAGACGCUUCUGCUUACGGUUGUGUGUGGCUCCAUUUACGUCAAGGCGCACAUUGUCACCAUUGACGAGCGCGAGACUGGCCUCCGUAACCUCGUCAACUUUGGUCACAGCAUCGGACACGCUAUCGAGGCCGUCCUCACCCCGACCAUCCUGCACGGCGAGUGCGUGUCGAUCGGCAUGCUUCUCGAGGCCGAGAUUGCGCGCCACAUGGGUGUCCUCUCUCAGGUCGCCGUCGGGCGUCUCACCCGUGCACUCAAGGCGUACAACCUGCCCGUGACGUUGGCCGACCCUCGUAUCGCCAAGCUCCCCGCCUCGACGCAGCUUACAGUCGAGCGCCUCAUCGACAUUAUGCGCAUCGACAAGAAGAACUCAGGAAACGACAAGAAGAUUGUCAUCCUGUCCCGCAUCGGCAAGACGUACGAGGAGAAGGCGACCGUUGUCCCAGACGUGAUUAUCCGCAAGGUCCUCGCAGAGGCUGUCGUCGUCAAGGCGGGCGUGCCCACCAAGUCGCCUGUCACCAUGGCCACGCCUGGAUCCAAGUCGAUCUCGAACCGUGCGCUCGUGCUUGCCGCGCUUGGCAAGGGCACGUGCCGCAUCAAGAACCUUCUGCACUCGGACGACACGGCGGUCAUGAUGAACGCCCUGUCCGAGCUCAAGGGCGCCGAGUUCUCGUGGGAGGACGGGGGUGAGACGAUUGUCGUGGAGGGCGGUGCGGGCAGCCUCACACCCCCGCCCAAGAACAAGGAGCUGUACCUCGGCAACGCGGGCACGGCCGCGCGCUUCCUCACCACCGUCUGUGCUAUCGCCCAAGCAGGUAACGAGAAUCAGACCGUCAUCACCGGCAACGCACGUAUGAAGCAGCGCCCCAUCGGCCCGCUCGUCGACGCUCUGCGUGAGAAUGGCACCAACAUUACGUAUAACGAGGCUACUGGCUGCCUUCCCCUCGACAUUGGCGCUGACGGCCUGCAUGGCGGACACAUCAAGCUCGCCGCGACCGUCUCGAGCCAGUACGUCUCGUCGAUCCUCCUCUGUGCGCCCUACGCCAAGGAGGCCGUCACCCUCGAGCUCAUCGGCGGCCAGGUCAUCAGCCAGCUAUACAUUGACAUGACGAUUGCCAUGAUGGCCCAGUUCGGCGUCAAUGUCGAGCGCAAGAAGGACGCCAGCGGUAAGCUCCUCGACGUCUACGCCAUCCCCAAGGCCGUCUACAUCAACCCUGUAGAGUACAACAUCGAGUCGGACGCAUCGAGCGCGACGUACCCGCUCGCCAUCGCUGCUAUCACCGGCACGACGUGCACCAUCCCCAACAUCGGCUCGAGCUCGCUCCAGGGCGAUGCGCGCUUCGCCAAGGAAGUCCUCGAGCCCAUGGGAUGCACCGUCGAGCAGACCGCCACGUCGACCAAGGUCACUGGCCCGCCCAUCGGCCAGCUCCGCGCUUUGGGCAAUGUCAACAUGGAGCCCAUGACUGACGCCUUCCUCACCGCAUCGGUCCUCGCUGCCGUCGCAACCCUCCCACCCCUCCCUGGCCGCGAGGUCGAGGGCCUCCGCCCUGAGGGCUCACGCAUCUACGGCAUCGCCAACCAGCGUGUCAAGGAGUGCAACCGCAUCAAGGCGAUGCGUGACGAACUGGCCAAGUUCGGCAUCGAGACCGAUGAGUUCGAGGACGGCAUCGUCGUCUUCGGCAAGAAGCACGACUCGCUCAAGACUGGUGUGUCGGUCCACUGCUACGAUGACCAUCGCGUGGCCAUGGCGCACGCAGUCCUGGCGUGCCUCGUCGACGGCACCAUUCUCGAGGAGAAGCGCUGCGUCGAGAAGACGUGGCCCAACUUCUGGGACGACCUGCAGACUAAGAUCGGCAUUGAGUUUGAGGGCGUCGAGCUCGACACUGAGGCGGAGGCGUCAACCUCGGCCAAGCCUCCUAUGGAGCACCCUGUGCUGCUUAUCGGCAUGCGCGGCGCCGGCAAGACGUACAUUGGGCAGAUUGCCGGCGAGACCCUGGCUGGCGAGUACACGGACGCAGACGAGGCUUUCAUUGAGACAACUGGGCAACAGGUUUCCGAGUUCGUUGCAGAGCACGGCUGGCCCAAGUUCCGUGAGACGGAGACGACCAUCCUCGCGCGUUUCCUUCGUGAGAAACGGGGCAACCACGUCGUUGGUCUCGGCGGCGGUAUCGUCGAGUCGGUGACGGCACGCAAGAUGCUCCAGAAUCACAUCGCCGACGGCGGUGUGGUCGUGCACGUCACUCGCGACCUCAAGGACCUUGAGGCGUACCUCGACCAGAUCGGCGGCACGGCCCAACGGCCCAAGUGGGGCGAGGACUUUGCGUCCGUCUUCCGGCGCCGCGAGCCGUGGUACCACGAGUGCAGCAGCCACGAGUUUGUGAACAUCAUCACACCCGUCGGCGGCCAGACGGUGGACCAGCACCAUCGUGCCAUGCGUGCCGAGUGCUCGCGCUUCUUCAAGUUCAUCACUGGACGAAACAACAACCGCCCCGAGCUCUCGGGCCCCAACGCUCAGCCUACAGCUUUCCUCUCCCUCACGUUCCCGGACAUUACCGACUCUCUGUCUAGCAUGGACGUGUUGACGGAGGGCGCGGACGCGAUCGAGCUCCGCGUUGACCUUCUCAACGCUGACGGCAAGACACCCACGACGCCGCAGCUCCCGCCCGCACAGUACGUCGCCAAGCAGCUCGCCAACCUCCGCCUUGUGUCGUCGCUCCCUGUUGUCUUCGCUGUCCGCUCCAAGGACCAGGGCGGGUGGGCGCCGUCCAACGACGCUGCCAGCUACGAGACGCUCGUGCGGCAGGGCUUCCGCAUGGGCGCCGAGUACGUCGAUGUAGAGCUUGCGUGGCCCGCGGACACGAUCACGCGCAUCGUCGCCAGCAAACGUGACAGCGCGCUCAUCGCGUCGUGGCACGACUGGACCGGCAACAUGAAGUGGGACGGACCCGAAGUGGCUGCCAAGUACGGCGAUGGCUCGCGCUUCGCCGAUGUUGUCAAGAUUGUCGGCACGGCAAUGACCCAGGCGGACAACGCCGCGCUGACCAUCUUCACCGAGCGGAAACGUCGCUCGGGUAGUGCUACUCCGCUGCUUGCCAUCAACAUGGGCGGGUUAGGCCAGCUCUCGCGCGUCCUCAACCCAGUCCUCACGCCGAUCACGCACUCUGCACUUCCCAGCCGCGCGGCUCCGGGCCAGCUCACGGCGCAGGAGGUGAUGCGGGCGCGCAGCCUGAUUGGCUUGCUCCCAUCCCGUAAAUUCUGGCUGUUCGGUUCGCCAAUCGCGGCGUCUGUCAGCCCCACGCUGCACAACACGGGUUUCGGCGUGAUUGGCUUCCCACACGUGUACGGGCGCUGCGAGGCGGCGACCAUCACGGACGAUGUCAAGGCUGCCCUCGCGGACCCCGACUUUGGUGGCGCGAGCGUGACGAUCCCUCUCAAGCUGGAGAUUAUGCCCCACCUCGCCCAGGUUAGCGACCACGCGCGCAUUAUCGGGGCCGUGAACACGGUGAUUGUGCGUACGGGUGCGGACGGGCAGCGGGAGCUGCACGGUGACAACACGGACUACAUGGCGAUUGAGGAAGCGGCACGCGCCAACCUGAACCCCGCCCUGGCUGCUGGCAAGGACGGCCUUACGACCUUGGUAAUUGGGGCGGGCGGCACGUGCCGUGCGGCCAUCUACGCGAUGCACGCGCUCGGCUCCGUCCAGAUCAUCCUGUACAACCGUACGCUCGACAACGCCAAGAAGGUCGCGGCUUCCUUCCCGGCCGAGUACAACAUUGUGGUGGCCGACGACCUCACCAAGCUCCCCACUGCCCCAGCCGUUGUAGUCUCGACAGUGCCCGGUGCGUCCCUCACUACCGAGCAGGGCGGCGAGGCCAUCUACCUCCCUCCCUCUGUGCUCGCCGCGACCGGUGGCGUCGCCAUCGACAUGGCGUACAAGCCGUACCAGACUGCGCUGCUUCAGGCUGCUGAGAAGGCUGGCUGGUCGGCGGUGCCGGGCAUCGAGAUCCUGUGCCUCCAGGCCUUCAGGCAGUUUACGUUGUGGACAGGCAAGCCAGCCCCGAAGCACGCGAUGCGCAAGGCGGCGAUGGAGCAGUACUUCUCGUCGUAG